GCCGGUUUCAGGUCUCGCGCUCCCCGUCCCAGGUAUUGGGAUAUAUCAUAUGUCUCUCCUUCAAUAUAAUGGCUGAGAAGAGCCUACGAGAAGACUUACAAGAAGACUAUGGAGAUUACGGGACUAAUUAUCUUCUUAUAACGCUGGCUGUGGGAGGAGAAGCAGGGUCCAUAGGGAUGGGCCACGCAGCUGUGACCGCAGCGCCCUUGCACCGCUUGCGAGCUCGCGUGGAUGAACGCAUACUGUCCCCACCAAGCCGAGAACAUUUUUUUAGGAUGAUUUUAGAUCUACCGUCAGCUUCCAGCAAUCAGCUAAGCUGCCUGCUAGCUGUACCUGCCGAACGAAUGUCAGGAGUCUGUCGUCUGUCCUUCACCACGCAGCCCACCCAGGGUCCAGCAAACUGCCAAAGUCGCACUUCGGUCUCAGUCCGGCGUGCGCUUACGCUGCGUAGUUUGCUCGAGUUUCCAAGCAGCAUGGAUGCAUGGAUACCUGCAUCAGAGACCAAUAACGGAAAGGCAUGGCGAGGCCUCCGGAAGCCAUUCCAGGUCUCCCCGGCACCCGCCUAGCUGGGUAUGGUUCUGAACCAUCACCGCACUAACUGCUGUUUAAAACGGUGCAAAGCCUCCCCAAAACCGAGAAGCAGGACGGCUACUCGAGGGACAAACCCCUUGUGAAUGUUGGCGUCUUGCUCUCUCCUUUUAUGUCCUUUAGGCUUUUUGACAGCAAUAAUAAUAUCUUCGUAUCGUUCGUCGUUCUGAAUACUAUUAAUAGCAGCAAAACCUACCAGCCGCAGCCGCCUGCAGGGGCCGAUGAGUUUGUACAGGUAUUUCCCCAACGGCUAGAAGCAUACAUACAUAAUACAUAGUACAUACAUAAAAACCGUGCGUGGAAAACGGUCGCCCUGCAUCAACCCAAUAUUAAUGCCCACU